AUGGCGGCGGUGGUGGCAGCGGCGGUGGCGGCGGGGGUCCGCGGCCGCUCUGGGCUGCGGCCUGCCCCGGGGCCCCGCUGGCUCCUCGGCCUCUCCGUCUUCCUGGGCAUCGCGGCUCGCGGCGCCUCGGCCACCACUCACUGGAUCGUGACGGAGGACGGCAAGAUCCAGCAGCAGGUGGAUUCCCCAAUGAACUUGAAGCAUCCUCAUGACUUGGUCAUAUUGAUGAGACAAGAAACAACAGUUAACUACCUCAGAGAACUGGAGAAGCAACUAGUAGCUCAAAAAAUCCACAUAGAAGAGAAUGAGGAUAGAGAUACAGGCCUGGAGCAAAGGCAUAACAAGGAAGAUCCAGACUGCAUCAAAGCCAAGGUACCCCUUGGGGACUUGGACCUGUAUGAUGGUACAUAUAUCACGUUGGAGAGCAAAGAUGUCAGCCCUGAAGACUAUAUAGACACAGAGUCUCCUGUUCCUCCAGAUCUUAAGAAACCAGAUUGUACAAAAAUUCUAGAGCUUCCAUAUAGCAUACAUGCUUUUCAGCACCUACGGGGUGUACAAGAAAGAGUUAAUCUUUCUGCACCUCUAUUACCUAAAGAGGAUCCAAUCUUCACGUACUUAUCCAGACGAUUAGGAAGAAGUAUAGAAGACAUAGGUCACCGCAUCCAUGAAGGGCUAAUGAAGAACUCUUCUUCCUGGGUUCUCUAUAACCUGGCCUCAUUUUACUGGCGAAUAAAGAAUGUACCCUAUCAGGUAGUGGAAUGUGCUAUGCGAGCACUCCACUUUUCUUCCAGGCACAAUAAAGAUGUUGCUUUGGUGAACCUGGCCAACGUGUUACACAGGGCCCACUUCUCUGCGGAUGCUGCCAUCGUGGUGCAUGCUGCUCUGGACGAGAGUGACUUCUUUACCAGCUAUUACACUUUGGGGAAUAUUUAUGCAAUGCUUGGGGAGUACAACCACUCCGUGCUUUGUUAUGAUCAUGCUCUGCAGGCCAAACCUGGGUUCGAACAAGCUAUAAAGAGGAAGCAUGCUGUCCUGUGUCAGCAGAAACUUGAGCAGAAAUUGGAGGCUCAACAUAGAUCUCUCCAGCGCACCUUGAAUGAACUCAAAGAAUAUCAGAAGCAACAUGACCAUUACUUGAGGCAACAAGAAAUCCUAGAGAAGCACAAGCUGAUUCAGGAAGAACAAAUCUUAAGGAACAUCAUCCAUGAGACGCAGAUAGCAAAAGAAGCCCAGUUAGGGAAUCAUCAGAUAUGUCGUCUGGGCAACCAGCAACAUAGCUUACAUUGCCAGUGGGACCAACCUGUACGCUACCAUCGAGGAGAUAUCUUUGAAAAUGUAGACUAUGUUCAGUUCGGUGAAGAUUCAUCAACUUCCAGUAUGAUGUCUGUGAAUUUAGAUGUUCAUGAAAAUCAGAGUGAUCUCAGCCACUCCUCAAAGUCUUCCCCUGUGCCCCAUUCUGUUCUCUGGGUCUGGGGCAUGGAAUCAGAUGCAUAUAAGGACAAGCAACAUAUUCUGUGGCCCAAAAGAACAGAUUGUGCAGAAAGUUAUCCUUCAGUCCCUCCUGGUGAUGAACUGCCAACAUAUUUCUUACCUCCAGAAAACCGAGGACUCAGGACUCGGACAGAGAUGGAUCUAGGCCUUUUGGGAGGAGAGCCCCAUUCCCCAGACUGCUCCUCAGCAAUUGGCAUCCGAAGCACCCGAACCCCCUAUCUUGAAUUCAAAGAACUAGACAGUCAUCUGGAUCUGAAAUUCAAGAUGCCAGAUGACUAUGCACGACAAAUUUUGCUUUCCCGUAUUAAUAACUAUACUAUCACAGAGGAAGAAAUAGGAACACUCUUAUUUCACGCUAUCAAUAAGCCAAAUGAGCCUUUGUGGUUCAUGUUCAACGAGGCUGGACUCUACUGGCGAGCCUUGGGGAACAGCACUUUUGCCAUCGCCUGCUUACAGAGAGCUUUGGAUUUGGCUCCCUAUCAGUACCAAGAUAUUCCUCUUGUGAACUUAGCCAACCUUCUGAUGCACUAUGGCCUUCACCAUGAAGCUAGCAAGCUGCUCCUCCAGGCUUUGGCAAUCAAUAGCUCUGAGCCUCUGACCUUUCUGAGCCUAGGAAAUGCCUAUCUUGCAUUGAAGAACAUCAGUGGGGCAAUUCAGGCCUUUCGGCAGGCUCUGAAUGUGACAACCAGGUGCCUGGAGUGUGAAGGCAGCCUGAAACUGGUCCGCUGCAUGCAGUUUUACCCGUUUCUGUACGCCGCCCCCUCAUCCGCGUGCAGUGGUCACUGUCAUGAGAGUAACCAGGACAGCCUCCAUGGCAGAGAAAAGUAUUUUGACAAGGCCGAGGAGGCCCUGGGAGCUACUGAAGAUGAGCCUUCUGAGAAGGGAAGCGAGGAGCACCCCGGGAUCUCCAUUGAGAAUUCAGGGAGAGACUCAGAUCCCCUUAGACUCCAAAGCACGGUGGUUGCAGAAAGCAAUGGCUCGGACGGGCUGGAGAGUCUGAGCGAUGCCCAGAUGUCCGAAGAGAUGCUGGCUCUGGUGGACGAAUUCGAGAACGCCUGGCCGCUCGAAGCCUUCGAAGGCGCGCUCGAGGUCAAAGGGCGGCGGAUGGACCUGCAGGGGAUUCGGGUGCUGAAAAAAGGCCUCCAGGACGGAGUGGCCAGCUCCUCCUGCUUCGGCGACUGCGGAGAUGACGACGACGACGAGACGGAAUGGAUCACAUUCCAGGUGAAACGUUUAAAGAAACCCAAGGUAGAAAGCUCGGACUCUCAGGAACCACCUGGGAAAAACAACGAGGAGCAGAUGCAGGCAGAAAAUGAACGCCGUUUUCAGAAGACUCUGGAAAUUAGUGGCCCCAAGAUACCCGCCCCCGGACCGCAAGGAAAAAAGCACGACUAUGAAAGCCUGGGCUGGCCAAGCCCUGAUGAGUGUGUAAAGCUCCGUCGAGUGGAACUCACCACCGUGGCUAGUACCUGGCUCGCCGUCUCAGCCAAAAACAUCGACAUCACAGAACACAUAGACUUUGCUACGCAGCUUCAGGAGCCGGCGAUGGAGCCCCUCUGUAACAGCAACCUCCCUGCCAGCAUGCACACCUUGGACCACCUGCACGGAGUGGCCAACCGCGCCAGCCUGCACUACACGGGCGAGAGCCAGCUAAAAGAGGUGCUACAGAAUCUUGGCAAAGACAAGUACCCCCAGCAGUCAUUUGAACAGAUUGGUACUCGCAUCGCCAAAGUUUUGGAAAAGAACCAGACCUCCUGGGUCCUCUCCAGCAUGGCAGCCCUGUACUGGCGAGUAAAAGGACAAGGGAAGAAGGCCAUCGACUGUCUGAGGCAGGCCCUCCAUUAUGCCCCACAUCAUAUGAAAGACGUGCCCCUGAUCAGCCUGGCCAACAUCUUGCACAAUGCCAGGCUCUGGCAGGACGCCAUCGUGGUGGCCACCAUGGCCGUAGAGAUCGCCCCCCACUUUGUGGUGAACCAUUUCACGCUGGCCAAUGUCUACGUGGCGAUGGAGGAGUUUGAAAAGGCCAUGAUGUGGUAUGAAUCAACACUAAAACUGCAGCCCGAAUUUGCACCAGCCAAGAAUCGAAUCCGGACCAUCCAGUGUCAUUUACUUAUGAAAAAAGAGCGUCGUUCUCCUUAAUCCUCCUCCUUUCCCUCCUUCUCUCUCUCUCUCU